CAACAACCCGCAGCAACCAUGCAAACACCAAUGAACAUACGUCAAGCCCAGAAUGUCGGCGAGAGGAUUACGCGAGGGGGAGGACCCAUUGUAUCAUCCGAGGCAAGGUAUAGGUCGCUAUCAGUAUAUAUGGAGGGCCUUGCCUCGCAAGUCGCAUGGGAAAAAAACCAGAUGAACGCCCAAUUCCAAAACCUCGAGGUGGAAAAUCAGCAGUUGAGAUUGGCAUUCUCCCGAAAUAAGCAGAAGUGCGAUCAAGAGAUCGCUAAGCUGCGUGCUGUGGUAACCUCGCUCAAAAGGGAGAACCGGAGGCUGCAGGGUAUUAUUGCUUCAAAGGAAGAUUUAGACACAGACAUGGAAUGUGCUGCUGCGCUUGUCAGUAUGGCCGAUGAAUGUGUACAGAAGAGCAUAGAACAGUGA